GUGGUGGAGCACGUCUUUAAUCCCAGCACUAGGGAGGUGGAGGCUGGCAGAUCUAAGAGAUUGAGGCCAGCCUGGUCAACAAACGAGUUCCAGGACAGCCAGUUUGUCUCGAAAAAAAUAAAAACCCCCAAACUCUCAGAAUUUAGUGGAAAUAUUUCCUCAGACUAUAUUCUCUCAGAUCUCUUAGAUCGUUGUGGUUUUUUUUUGCUUAGGGACACCCAUAACUAAUCGAAUGAUUAUUUUGUCUUCCCAGUCAUUCUCCAAUCCCCAUCCUGAUCCCUAAUGAAUCGGGCUAAUCCGCAGCGUACAUUGCUGACGUAAUAGGCAUGUCUAAUGGCAAUAAAUUAAGAAUUAGAAAAUAUUUUCUGGCACUUCUUAAAACAAGUGGUUUUUUGUCUACAAUUCCUAUCCUUGGUAGUGCCCAAAUCCCUACCAGUGGUGCCUGGUAGAGCAGAAGGCUGGUCUACAAUCCCAAUUCCCACGGAAUCUCAGCGCUUCCCCACCGAGCCUGAACACCCAAUAGGUGGAGACUAGAAUCCUGCCCGGAAAACCCCGUCUUUUUUCCGGUACCGCUCUUUGCGGUGGGGGAGGCGGGACUUCCGGCGUCACUUUCCGGAGACGGCCCCUCCUCUCGGUGCGGGAGGUUCAAACUGCUACCUCGCUUUGUGUUUUGUUUGUUUUGUUUUGGUCCUCCGGUCUCCGAUGCUGCCCCAAAGGACUGGACGGAUGUUUCAAUCGAAACAGUUCCUGUGUCCAUGUUUUUCCGUAGAUGUGAUUAUUUUUCUUCAUCAAGAAAUAGCUCUCGGUAGUUAAUAUAUUACUUAUUGAAGGAACCGUGGCGAAGCGGUCGCAGACAGUACAGUUCCUGCCACUUGAGCAAAAUAGAGGUCGGUCAGAGGCUGUGGUUGCCCUCCUUUCGAAGUGGAAAACAACUUCGCAGCCCACAACUGCCGUCCCUGCUGAGAAGUGUGGCGUACCCAGGCAUGGGAACGGCAGCUGAAGUGCGAAUGGUACUGUACGAGGAUGACUCAGUCCAAGUGAACUAUGCUGAUGGUUCCACACUGCAGCUCUCUCCUUGCGGCUCUGAAUUUCUCUUUGAAAAGGCACCUCCUCCUUCCACACAUCCUUUAGAACAACCAGAGAGGAUUCGUCAACGGACACACUUUGUUAUUAGCAACUACCGAGAGCAACUACAGCGAGCCCUAGAUUUUCGAAACUCUUCAGCUACUUGCCCUUUUUUAUCUGAAAGCAUCAUACCUUCUGAAAGAAAAAAGCGUGUCUUCAUUGAUUUCUCGGAAGUAGAGUGGCCCAGCCCUGACAGAGACGACUGCAUCACGUACUCGGAGAGUGGUAUAGUGAAGAUAACGUCGCUGGAUGGACACGCGUACCUUUGCCUGCCCAGAUCUCAGCAUGAAUUUACAGUGCAUUUUUUGUGUAAAGUGAGCCAGAAGCCAGAUUCAUCUGUGAUGCCACCCGAAACGAAGAAUCGGGUCCCAAAAGAAGAACUAGUUGGGAAGACCAGAAACGUCUGCAGAAGUGGACGUUUAUCAGGACAAAGGUUAAGGAAUAAAGAAAACGAGCCUCCUCGCCAGCUCUUGACAUCUAAAAACGCUUCAGCGAACAUACAUUGCGUGAGUGAAACUGAGGGGAGGGAGGAGCUGCCUUCCCCUGGCACAAAGCGCAGAUAUGUCCACGUGUGGGUGAAGCAGUCUUGGUCUGCUGCCUCCUGUCCAGAGGAGUGGAAAUACCCUCUGUCUUUGGGACUUCGUUUCUAUAACAAAGUUCCUGCCGCAUCUGCAGCUGAUGCAGAAGUCCCUGUGAGUGGCAUUGUGACUUCCGACAAUCCUGAAGAGAGAGGAACAGGGGUUUCUGUCCUUCCCAGGGCCUUGUUACUCAGCUGCUCUGCCCCACACAUGCACAGGUGGAACUUCUGUGACUCACUUCUACAGAGACAGUCUGAUGCAGAAGAGUAUUCCUAUCCUGAGCUUAUAAAGGUGGUGUGGUAUAAGGGUGUUACAUACAGGCUCACCCAUAAAAAUGUAAACUCAAUAGAGAUUUUUCCUGGCGAUGGAUCGGUUUUCAAGUCAGAAGGAACUCAUUUUGGCAACUAUUUCACAUAUUCAAGCCAAGACAACUCAGGAAAGAGAGAAGAGAAAACUUAUUCUGUAAAUAACCUACCUCCAGACAGACCAGGAAAUCUCUACUCUGUCCGUUCCCUGAUUAAACAGGCAACCAGAAUUCUUCAACAUUGUGCCAAGAUAAGGCUUUCACUAAGCCACAACUACCGUGUAUGCUGCUGGAGAAUGGCACCUGGAGUAAAUGUUAGCAGUAUCCUGCCCGUGCUUCUGAAGGAAUCCCUCAUCCCAGGCGUGGGGAGAUUCCUCGCCUACUCCGAUGACAAAGUCCAUGCUGUCUUUUUGGAUGGCGUCACACUAACGCUGAAUUGGGAUCUUAGCUCCUCUGCUGAAAAGACACAAGUAGAUCAAGGUCUCCGCUUACGCUGGUGCAGAUUAACUUUUCCUGAUGGACAGGAUCAGUUAAUUCAAACCGAGCACCCUGGAGUGUAUGAAAGAUAUGUGACUUCAGUAGUAACAUGGUGCAGAAGACUAACGCAGACUAGUUCAAGACACGUGUCCCCACGUCUCUCACCUGUUCCCGAGGAAAAUUGCUGUCGCUCCAGUGUCAUGUCCUUGUGUGCUGCCAUGUUCCCUGCCAUGAUGACAAUGGACCAAGCCUCUGAAGCCACAAGGAAGCCCGCAAUUAAAUGCUUUGUUUCACGAGGUCCGCCUGGGUCAUGGUGUCUCUUCAGAGGAAUAGAACAGUGACCAAGACACAAGGGGCCGCUAAGAUGGUUCAGUAGGCAAAGGUUUACUCCUUAGGCCGAUGUCCUAAGUUCAGUCCUCGGAACCGUGUAAAGCCAAAGUUAUCCUCUGAACACACAUGCAGGCACGCACUCACUCAACACACACAAACACGUGUGCACACACAGUGAAUAAAUGUAAAAACAGUAUUUUUUAAGUAGCAAAUGGGAAACCCUGAAGCUCUUUUUACCCAAAAAACCUUUUGCUUUUAAACAUAAUUCAACUCAUAAAAUGUUUUGUAGUAAUAUCAGCUUGAACUUGCUUCUUAAAAAUACUCUUAUAUACAGAAAACUCUGCAUUGAAAAUUUUAUUUCCUUAUCUGUGAUAAAUUGAAGUUUUGUGGAAAUGUUAGUAUUAUUAAAGAAAAUGCAAUACUAAGUAACAUGUGAUUUUUAAAAAUUGACUUUCUAACUAUUUCUGUCAUAUUUAGUUCUUGUCCCAAAUUAAUUAGCAAAUUAGAAAGUAAGCAAGUAUUUUAAUCCCUCAGGAGACUAGGCCCAGGUUCCACACGAAUGGUGAGGGGCAUCAGACUUAGAGAGUCACUUGAGCAGAGAGAAAGGAACAUUCAGGGCUGGAGAAAGCUCAGUUGAGAGAACUGGCUGUUCUUGGCCAGUUUCCAGUCCCAGCACAUGCAUGGCAGGUCACAGGCUCCGUAACUCCAGAUCCUGGGGCCUAAUGCAUCCCCUUCUGCUCUCCACAGACAACAAGCACUCACACGGUGCACAUAAAAUAAAUCGUAACUUACAAAAGAGCCUUUUGGCCUCUGGAGACAGUGAGAACAUAGAUUCUCAAGAGCGAUAGUAUUUGCCAGGAUACAAGCUUUGAUGGAUGAAGACUGACCUUAUAAUAAAUAAAGAAGUUCACAUGGGAUGAAAACACAAGUUCACAAAUGGAAAAAUAAUUGGAAGGUCAUUGGUACAACUGUUACCACUGAGUAAAAUCUCAGCAGACUGGAAAAGGAUACCAAGAGCAGCGGAGGAAUAUACUUAUUUUUAAGAUUUAUUCUUAAUUAUGUGUAUAUUUGUGUGCCUAUGUGUGUAUACACAUGAGUGCAGGUCACCUGGGAAAGCCAGAGCCAUGAGACCUCCCAGAGAGGGAGUUCAGGCGGUCGUGAGCUCUUAACAUGGGCGCUGGGAAUGAAGCUCAGAUCCUUCACAAGAGCUGUCUAUGUUCUUAACCAGGAACUUCUUUUGAGUAACCUCCUUCUGGGAUCAGAUCCAGGGUAUCAUGUGUAUUAGGAAAAUAUUCCACUGCUGACCUAUAGCACAAUCCUAAUUUAUGAGCUCUUAAAAGGAAGUUGUAAGGCAUCCUAGCAUAAUAUACCAGGAUAAGGCACAUACAGAAACACACACACAUUAAACCUGGUUUAUAUCCUUUGCCUCAGUGAAUCCUUGUUAGAAUAAACCAAAUGAAAACAGGUGUGAUUUAGUAUGCCAGACAUCUCAGGAUCUGACCUUGCAGACGUAUCAUCCUUCAUCUAUAGCCUGUUUCACAGCAAAGAAGUUCCUCAAAGCAGCUAGGAAGAAGGGAAGUUGCUUAUGAUUAUAAAACUGAUCACUAACCUCCGCUCAAGUGAUGAGUGUUUUUUUUUUUAAAUGCUAUCUUGUUUACAUAAAAACUAAAAGAGGUUACUGUUCCUAUACCAAGAAAUGAAGCCCAGCA